AUGCCGAAAACCUUGUUCACCGCCUCAUCUCUAGAGCGUAUGGGAUCAAUCCUCACUGAUAUUUUUUCCCCUGCUGCUCGUGAGUCGCUGGAUGCCUCGCAAAAGGCAGGUCAAACCACACCUCUAUCUUAUUCCAUACCUAUGAUGUGCAACAAAUGCCCCAUCGGCGUCCCUCUCCUCUGCCUCCAGAGACGCGUGGGCUCGAUCGCCUGCCUCAUCCUCAUCGCCAUCACACUGGCCAUGAUAGUGGUGGUGGCAGUCGUCGUCCCAAUCUGCAGCGUCUUCGGUUGCGCGAUGCCCCGGCACCAGGUCAAACCACAGUGCAUCAUAGCCACCUCCCAAAGCACCGGCACGUUUUGGGGAUCCACCCCUCCUAAGACCAUGAUCCACCCUUCCUGCCGCUCCAUAGCCUCUAUCUUAUUCCAUACCUAUGAUAGACGCGUGGGCUCGAUCGCCUGCCUCAUCCUCAUCGCCAUCACACUGGCCAUGAUAGUGGUGGUGGCAGUCGUCGUCCCAAUCUGCAGCGUCUUCGGUUGCGCGAUGCCCCGGCACCAGCAUGCACCCGGGAUGGAUGCGAUUCGCGUGGAGCCCGCAGGCGGUGCUGACGAUUCCGCCGGUGCAAGCUUAGCUCCCACACCAUCAGUACUGCUGCAACAAAGCACAUCUCCCACCGCAGUGACACUACCCAUCAAUUGUCACACGUGCCGUGCUAGCUACCGGCCUGUACGGAUGCAGGCAGCUAAACCGGGUCCUGUGGCGACGGCCAACCCCAACAGCGAUGCCACGACAGUGCUGGCCUUUGAGGCGCAAUUGCGGGUGAACUUGACGGCAAACAGCUCAGCUUGCGUAUGCAGACUGUGCCGUGAUACCAAUUCGCCGGGGCGCCUCUCAGAACUGGAAGAAGCAAUGGGGAAGAUCCUGAAGCAAGUUGGUGCCGAUGCAGCUGCUGUCAAAGUGGGGGACUCUGGGCAGCUUUCCUCGCGCCGGCAUCGGGCGCUUGUGACGGCGACAGACUUCGGCAGCGGCGGCGGCGGCGUCGGCGGCGAUAAGGCGGUGCUUAGCAUGACGAUGCGGUUUAAUGUGACAUGCCCCGGAGCUGCGGAAGAGCAGCUGGGGGCGAUUCAGGCCGCUCUCGUGAAUGGCACAUAUUCAGUCGAUAAAGACAGCCGGCCCGUCAUUGAGAAUGUGCUUCAGAGAACGGUCCAGAAUAUCGCGAACUCAUCCGCUGGGCUUGAGCUGAACGCGCGACCCAUUCUGCGUAGAAUGCGUGUGCCCGAGAUACAGAUGUCGGCUGUAGCAGCAGUAGCAAGGGCAGAAUGGAGAUGUGGAUCUGCUUGGAGCGAGAAAACAGAGCGCAAGGAGCACUGCGACGAGGCGGUCAACGCGGACCGGGGUUACCCGGCAAGACACGAAAGAUUCUUCGGUUUCAGUUCCAAGGCAUGUUUCGUCCUGAUCGCCACCUUGUUACCGAUGGCUGCGGUAGUUGCAGUCAUCGCCCCGCUGUGUAGCGUUCUCAGCUGUGGUGCGCCCCGAAACCAGAAUCCACAGAGCCCAGCUACCACAGCGACCGCGUAUGCUUCAUCAGUGGCCCUCGAGGCGCUCUUGCAGGUGCACUGGCCGCAGAGCCCCACAGCCACUGUGUCAGGACUCUGCCGUGAUACCGACUCUCCGGAACGCCGCCAGCUUCUCUCAAGAUUUGAAGGGGCCAUGCAGGCGGCCCUGGGUGACCUCGGCAUCGACAUGCAGAUUGUGAGAUUGCUCAGCGCGAAAUGCGUGGGAGUGACUGGGGUAGAGGACCCCGCGGGCUCCGAAACCCCGUUGCUG